AUGCAUUCUACUCUCCUCCUUUCGGUGGUUUCUGCCUUGCUCCUGUCGCACUCUGCGGCUGGUGUUGUCGUACAACCGAGAUCACCAGCUGCGGCGAACGUCACUGCGGUUACACUCGACAUUGUCAACACUCAGCUUGCCCCCGAUGGUUUCAUGCGAAGUGUUAUCACGGCCAAUGGAACUUAUCCCGGGCCUUUGAUCACCGCCACCAAGGGAGACUUGCUCAUGGUCACCGUCAACGACAAACUGGAGGACAGCAGCAUGCGUCUCAGCACCUCCAUGGACUUUGACGGUGUCAUGGUCGAUACCUCCAAUGCGUGGCAAGAAGGCACCCCCUUUGUCACCACUUGCCCAAUCGCUCCCAACUCAAGCUUCACAUAUUCUUUGCCUUUACUUCCCACCCAAAGCGGCACGUUUUGGUAUCACAGUCAACUGAGCGUCCAGUACGUCGAUGGCCUCCGUGGGCCUUUGAUCAUUUAUGAUCCCGACGACCCAUUGGCCGAUAUGUAUGAUGUUGACGACGAGUCCACCAUCAUUCAAAUUGGUGACUGGUGGCACAACACCAGUACUUCCUUGCUCGCUCACUACGUCGCCACCGGUAUCGUCCCGGUCUCCGACUCUGGUACAACCAACGGUGUCGGCCGUUACAUUGGUGGACCUGAGGUCCCGUGGUCCGUCGUUAACGUCACGGCUGGCAAGCGCUACCGUUUCAGGCUGAUCAACCAGUCUGCUCGAAACGUCUUCACCAUGUCGUUCGAGAGCCACAACGUUACUAUCAUCGAGACGGACGGUGUGGCUACCCAGCCCCUCGUUGUCGACGAAUUGGAGAUGCUCGCCGGCCAGCGUUACUCUGUUGUCUUGACUGCUGACCAGCCCGUUGGCAACUACUGGAUCAACGCUCCAUUCGUCGGUGGAGAUCCCGCGAACAACCCCCUCCAAAAUGGAACAAAUUCCGGGGCCAUCUUGCGCUACGAGGGUGCACCCGCUGUGGAUCCAGUUGGCUCCGUUGGUGCAGCCAAUGGUGUUAACCCUCUUGUUGAGGCCAAUCUUCAUCCCUUGGUCGCCGACCCUCCUCCUGCUCCUGAUAUCAACAUCACCCUCAACCUCGUUGUCACGACUGGAAAAGCGCAGUGGAACGUCAACAACGUCUCUUAUCUCCCUCCAGACACGCCGACCUUGGUGAAGAUCUUGAACGGCGCUAACAGCAGCGCUGACUUCAACAUCACCGAGAAUACUUUCGUUUUACCGCCGAACGUUACUGUCCAGGUCGACUUCCCUCCCAACGACGACGACGAGGCUCAUCCCUUCCACUUGCACGGUAACAACUUCUGGGUCGUCAAAUCCAACUCUUCCGACAUUGUGAACACCGUGAACCCCAUCAAGCGUGAUGUCUCCGGUGUCGGUGCCGCGGGAACCACCGUUCGCUUCACUACUGACAACCCUGGCCCUUGGUUCUUCCACUGUCACAUUUUCUGGCACAUGCAGGCUGGUCUUGCCACGGUCAUGGCAUCUGGCCUCGACGAUAUCCGCGAUGACGUCCAACCUUCUGCAGCUUGGGAAGCGCUCUGCCCUGCCUAUAGCGCCUUGCCUGCCGACCAGCAAUAG